AUGUCGUCCGACUGUCCUGGGAAGAACUCAUGGCCGGAGCUUGUGGGAACAAAUGGAGAUUAUGCGGCUUCGAUGAUAGAAAGAGAGAACACGAGUGUCGAUGCAAUCGUAAUUUUGGAUGGAACUCCAGUGACUACAGACUUCAGGUGUAACCGGGUCAGGGUUAGGGUUGAUGGGAACCGUAUCGUCGUCAGAGUCCCUACCGCCGGCUAGACUUGCAUACAGACCAC